AAAAAAAAAAAAAAAACAUAAACCAAGGGCUUGUGUUCGGUCCUCUCUCGUGCUCUCCCUCUCCCUCUCUCUCUCUCUCUCUCUCUCUCUCUCUCUCUCUCUUCUUUACCUUAAUCGACCAAAACCAGGGUUUUGUUUUUGUCAAUCUCAGGCUUCGUUGUUAUUUUCCUCUCUUUUUCUUGCAUAUAAAUAAAAAUUGAGGAAAUUUUCUUUUUGGAUAGUCAUCGUAUUGUAAUUCUGGUUUUGUUCGUCGAUCGACAGCGAUAAGAGAAGAGAGAGCUUGAGAAUUCAGUGUUCGAUUUGGUGGUCGAGGUAAAGAGAGGCAGCACAGCAAACAUCAUGGGGUCUGAACAGAACGACGGCACAAGCGUUCCUCCUUCGGAGCCCAAGCUCUGCGCCAACGGGUGCGGCUUCUUCGGGACGGCGGCCAACAUGAAUCUCUGCUCCAAGUGUUACAGAGACCUCCGCGUCAAGGAGGAACAAGCGGCCUCUGCAAAGGCAGCUGUCGAGGAAUCUCUUAACCCCAAACCGCCAAAGCAACAGGAACAACAGCCUAUUGCUGCGAGUGUGGUCUCUGUCGCCGCUUCCGCCACUGCUGCGGCCUCUUCCAGUGGAGUCCUCACGGUCGGUGGCCACCAGGUCGAGCCCAAGGUGGCGAACCGGUGCAGUAGCUGCAACAAGAAGGUGGGCUUAACAGGGUUCAAGUGCAAGUGCGGGAGCACCUUCUGCGGGGUUCAUAGGUACCCGGAGAACCACCAGUGUAUCUUCGAUUUCAAGGGUGCUGGUCGGGAUGCCAUUGCCAAGGCAAAUCCUGUGGUUAAGGCUGAUAAAGUGGAGAGGAUUUGAAUGGACUAUUGGACGGUAAUUUGGUGUUCUUGAUAUUGGGUUCUUUUUCAAUCUUCCCCUACUUUUUGGUUGGCUGGUUGGUCAUGGGUGGGUGGUCGGCUUAGGCUUUAGGCGUAGGAGUGUUGGCUGUUCUGGGUGCUUUAUGGCUAAUGUUUGUGUGGGUGGGGAUAGAUGGAGACUGUUGAUUCCAUAAUAAAGUGGAUCAAUGAAUUGUUAGUUGCACUUUGCUUCUUAAUGCGUUUGGCUUUAAUCUCUUAUAAUGCUAUGGAUCUACCCUUUAUAUAUAUGUAUGUACUUGUAUCUAAUACUCUCUCUUUUAUGCAAUCGGCUGCCCCUGAGGCUGGGUUGUUGGUUUAA